AGGCGUCGUGUUGUGUGAAAAGCACGUGGUGGUGAUGGUGCGCGUUUUUUAACUUUUUUUUAUAUUUAUUCUUCUUUUAAAGUGAAAGAAAUAAUUAAUAGCUGUAAAAUUGAUCAUUGAAUAAAUGUAAAAACGCUACAAAGUUCGGUUGCAAAAAAGUGUGCGACAAAGUUAUCAUCUGUCUGUCUGUGUUUUUACGCAACUGUCAAUUUUCUACUGUUUGUAAAUACAAUAAGAAAAAUCGUUUAUAAUAAUGGAUAUUAAUUCGAGUAAUUUUUUACUCGUAAAUGGAUUUAAUUAUGUGGUAAACAAGAAAGCUUACUAAAACAAUAAGAAUGAGUGAAGAAAUAAAAUCCAAAGCUUUUAAGCGAGCUGAACUUAACAUACAGAAAAAACUCAAGAAUGCUUUCUUGAACAAUUAUGCUCAUUACACAAUGCCAGGAAUCAAUACUAUUCGAGAUAAUCCUAAUAUAUCCUGGGAUCCUGAUUCCGUAUUCGGAAUGUUCCAGGAAUACCCUUACAACUGUGACCUUCCUAAACCUCUUCUACCACCGGUUAGAUUAAAACGAGAAGUUUUAAGUGAAGAAGAUCCAGCUCUGCAAAUUAUUACAACUAAAUCUUACAUGAAAGAUGACAUUGAUAGACUUACUCAGUAUUAUCAAAAAUACGAAAAUGUUUUCAAAAUUCCAAAGAAGAAGGACGUAAAGUGGUUGAAAGAAAAUAAAAAAAACUAUACAUCGUUACCAAAAAUCGUUGCAGAGAUUGCUGAAAUUGUUGAACUGGAUCCCGAUCCUUAUUUUUCUGGUACUUACAACUGGUAUUAUACUGGUGGAACUCUAACAAAUAUUUGCUAUGGUGGAGAAAAUAUUCUGCUUUUUCCAUAUUCUGAAGAACUAAUCGCAACUUCCUUGUCAUCACGAGAAGGAUUUCUAUGGAAACCGAGACUCGAAAGUGCAGCCAAUUGCAACUUAGAUGGUGUCCUUUAUGAACUAAGGAACAAUAUAGCAAACAAUUUUUCACGGAUUCUAGGACGUUAUAAAAACCACUGCAUCUUGUACAGUCUUUCCGGGCUUAAAGAGAAAAUGUUGUUAAUCGAACUUCAUAAGCAAACGUCCUCAAUUCCUUACGUCAGUGCAGAUUUAAAUCCAGUCAGUCUCAACGAAUACUGCACAGCAAAUGUUGAGAGAGUAAUCUCAAAAUGGGAUCUAAUGAAAGUGAAAUGUGUCAGCAGUGGUACGAUAAUGAAAACUAAAUCCCUUGACGAUAAUUGGGGCAGUAUUAGGUAUCAACCUUCGGAUCCUGAAGUUCUGAUCUACGUUGAUAGAUGUUGUAUUCACUAUAUCGAUACAAGGGGUGCAUUUGAAAGUCCUGUUUUAUCACUUUGUCCAAAAAAUGAUUUAGAAGCUUGCGAAAGUCUCUGUUUCGAUUGUCCAAGCAACAAUACGUUUUCUAGAUACGUAGGAACGUAUCACAGUUGUCUUUUAUGCGAUAGCCGAUCACCAAAUCAAUGUACUCAACAAAAGUGGACUCAUCAAUUCAAGGAUGCUCCCCUAUUCUCCAGUGUUGUCAAUAAGGGCAGUCAAGAAAUGGUCCUUCUCGCGAGUCAUCUUCCACGUGAAAGUGCGAUAAUUCUGAAUAAUUGGAAUGACGAAAACCGUUUCCAAUCUUCCAUUUUGCCAUUCACUCCUCCAAGUAUUUUAGAAACUCUUCAACAAUCACGAAUGCAGGGGAAAUCAUUGGACCCAUUGAUGAAACUCAGACUAGAACUCUCCACCGUCGGUUGCACUUUAACAACUGAUGGCAGCGGACACACUUUUCUUUUCUUGCAAAACUCUAUAGGUGACAUUUUCUAUCAAGGACUAACACAUGAAGCAUCUCUCAACAAGUUUUCCAUGGAAAAUUGCAAAGCUCUUAAUGCUUUAGACGCUUGGGAAAAUGAGAUUUUAAAGCAAUGCGAUACUGUAAUACCACUCGCAUUUUCUCAGAAAUCGAAUAUGAAGCACGUCUUUGAAAAUUUUGUGCGACGGAAAUCAAAAUUCGUGCGUCCUGAAAAAUCAGAGAACUUAUUCGACCCUAGCUGGAAACAACCUUUGACUAAGCUGAACUCUUACGUGGACAUUUUAGCACCUGAACUUUUGUCGAUAUGGGAAGUGACAGAAGAAUCAGUUGCGCCUAUUACCGCAGUUCCUCACGACAAAGUUUUGAAUUGGCUUGAAACUUCAGAAGCCCAAGCAGCUUGCUCUCAAUUAGCGAGUCAAAGUCAAGAUAUGGAAAUCGAAUCAACGCCUAUUUAUUCUCAAGAACUCAUAAGCGUUUCUCAACAACCGGACGUCGAAUUCUUAGAAGAAUUUGACUCGAUUCAGCAGUUUUAUCUACCCAAAGUAAAAUCAAAAGCAAAGCCAAAAGAAAGCAAAAAGAGAAAGUACGUUCCGGGCUUUUAGAUCAUUCUUAUAAACCGAUUAUGUAAAUAAACUUUUAUAUUUUUAUAAAAUAACGUUUGGAAAUAAAAUUACACCUUAUUUUCGGAACAAAGGAUUUUAUUGUUCUUAUGACUAGCGAUUUCGUAGAAAAGAUGGUUUCCACCUCGACGUUAAAUCCCUCGUUGCGUCUUUUUGCUUUACUUCAUCCUCCUCCAUCUGGACCUGAAAAUUAAUUGAUCAACAUGUAAAUUCAAUAGGUUUAAUCAAAGGAUUGAACACUCGACUUUUGAGUGUAUACCAGAUUUCAAGAAUGCCCAACCCCUCGAAUUGAAUUAGAUUUUUAGAAAAACUGGAGAUUUAAAUUACCAGUAAUUUUCUUUGAUUUUCUCGGAAGGCUUCCAGAGGAUUUUCGAACUGUCUAUAAUAAUUCAAGACAUCCCUAACGUCAUCUACUUGGGAUACAUGGAUAGCUAAAAAAAAUUGUUGAAUAUUAUUUACUCUUUAUUUAAUGAGGAGCAGCGUUUGGAAUUAUUAGAUCUAUAAAUUAAUUCGGUG